GGGCCGUCCCUGGUGCUGCGAGCUCGCCGAAGCAGUCGUGACAAGCAGGAAGCGCCUGUGGGCCGCUGCCCUGUGCUCCAGCUUUGUCACACCGUGCCAUACAAGAUCCGGAUAAUGGCAGAACUGUUCUUCAGGUGGAGUAGUUUUCCAACAUAGCUGAAUUGCAUAUGCCCUGGAAACACCUGCAUCUGCAUGAAGUUGUAAAAAAGAGUUGGAGACUAGGAGACAAGAUAGUGUUUUCUUGGCAGCAGUGGCAGCCGGAGGAGGUCAGCCAGAGCCUCAAGUGAAAAGAAAGAAUUGAAGAGAAUACAAACUAUGAAAGUAUUGGUUAUUGGCCUUGGAGGUGUAACAAAUGGGGGGAAAACAACGCUGGCAAAGAAGCUUCAGAAAAUUCUUCCCAACUGUUCCAUAAUCUGUCAGGAUGACUUCUUUAAGCCAGAAUCUGAAGUAGAGACAGAUCAACGAGGAUUUAAGCUGUACGAUGUCCUCGAUGCCCUCUAUAUGGAUGAAAUGGUGAAAUGUAUUCGCAGUUGGAUGAACAGCCCACCAUACUCAUGUGUCUUGACUGAAGAAACACAGACUACAUGUAUCAAUCCAAAAAAUACAGAAGAUAUUUAUAUUUUGAUUGUGGAAGGCUUUCUUUUGUAUAAUUAUGAGCCACUUAAUGAACUGUGGGAUAGAAGAUAUUUUUUGACGCUUCCUUAUGAAGAGUGCAAAAGGAGGAGGAGCACCAGAGUCUAUCAGCCAGCAGAUACACCGGGGUACUUCGAUGGACAUGUGUGGCCUAUGUAUCUGAAAUAUAAAAAUGAAUUGGAAGAAAAUGCAAGUAAUGUUGUUUAUUUGGAUGGAACAAAACCACAGGAGGAGCUUUUAUCCCAUGUGUACAAUGAUAUAGUACAGGAAUUAACAAAGCAAAGGGAAAGAAGUAAACAAGACACAUCUUAAUAACGUGGGAAGUUUGGAGUCGUUCUGAUGCAGACUGAGAACUGAACACUGUUGUACUGGGCAAGAUAACUGAGCAGGUGUUACAUGUGUGUCCAUAAUACUAGUGCAUACAACACAAGUAGAUUGGUAGCGACUAUUAACUCUGUAAGCCGCUCAUAGUGAUGACUAGUAUUAAGUGCCAUAUUUUUUGGAAUUCCUCUUAUCUGUAAUACUCUAGCCAAUCUUUAAAUCUGAUUGCAUGCUUACAUUUUUAAAGAAUAUAAACAAAUAUUUUUAAUAGAAAACAACUAUAAAGAUGCAGUUUUGAUUAUUAAUAACAAUAYUGAAAGAUGGAUGUAUGUAAUUUCAAAUGAUCAUAUAAUAUGUGUAGAGGAAGAAGCUUUGUACUGCUUUUAAAAAAUCAAUAGUAAUUUUAAGACUGUAUAGCUAAGAGCUGGUACAUUGCUUAUUCAGUAACUGGAGCUAUUAUUGAUAUAAGUGAACAUACUUAGAUUUGCUAAUAUUACAUGGCAUUUCUCAAGUAAUUGGGAUAGUGAAGAUUAUUUAGAGAAGCUGGGAGCAAAUACAAAAAAAAAUGAAGAGAAAUCAGAUUGUUGCAAAGAUGGAUAAAUAAGAUGUCAGUGAGAAUGCAUCGACGCAGAUGCAUCGAUGACAAGUCGUAAGUCAUAAGGUUAAGUAAUGUGUCAUAGAAAAAUUGAGAAAUGGGAUGGGAUAAAGUAGUAGAUGAUAAAUGCAUGGCUUAGAGAAGAUAUGGAAAAAUAUUCUUUCUUGAUUUUCAAAACUCACAUUGAAAUUGUAUUGAUGUAUUUUAAAAGCAGGUAUUUCAAAUGUGUGCUAAAACUUCUUACGUUGU